AUGGUGCCUCUCUCACAACAUACCAGCCGCGAUACAUCGAUGUGGAUUGGCAUCAACCUCGCUGAUCCCAUCUUCCGCGGCCGUUACCAUGGCAAAUCAAGACACCCCGAUGACCUCCAGGGUGUCAUCGACAGAGCCAAAGAAGUAGGCUGCACCAAGCUCCUCAUAACCGGCUCCUCCUUCAAAUCCUCCCGUGACGCCCUCAAAAUAGCCUCCAAAUUCCCGAACGUGGUCUUCACCACAGCCGGAAUCCACCCCUGCUCCUCCUCCAUCUUCUCCCCCUCCCACCACAAACACCACGACGAGUCCCAAUCCGAGGACGAAUCCGCCGACCAGCACACCCCCGCCUGCGGGCCCGACCCAACAAAACCCAUCCUCGAUGGCGAAGGCGUCGACCACGCCCGCUCAGAAGUCAUCAUCUCCGACCUCAAAGACCUGAUCACUACCGCUCCGAAAAACAGCCUCAUAGCCUUUGGCGAGUUCGGCCUCGACUACGACAGACUCCACUACUGCUCAAAGGAAGUACAACUCCACUCCUUCGCCGCCCAGCUCAGACUCGCGGCGUCGCUCUCCCCUCAGUUACCGCUCUUUCUCCACUCCCGCGCCGCACACGGGGACUUUGUUCGUCUGCUCAAAGAUGCGUUUGGCCCUAGGCUUGAAAACCUGCAAAAGGGUGGUGUAGUCCACUCUUUUACUGGAACAAUAGAAGAGGCAAAAGAGCUGAUGGACCUGGGAUUGUACAUUGGCAUCAACGGGUGCAGUUUCAAGACCGUCGAAAACUGCGAGGUGGUCAAGCAAAUCGACCUGAGCAAAAUGAUGCUUGAGACGGAUGGUCCGUGGUGUGAGGUUAGGCCUACGCAUGAGGGGUGGAAGUAUCUGGUUCAGUUUGAGGAAGCUAGAAGAAAGGAAGAGGAGGAGAAGAAGAGGCUAGAGGAGGAGGAGAGGCAAAAGCAGGAAAAGAUCGAGGCAGAAAGAAAAGCGCAGGAGGAGCUGGAGAAGAAGGCUGCUGAGUUGGAGUUGAGGGGUGGUGUAGAGGGGGGCAAGGUUGGCAGGGAAGGGGAGAAGAAGAGACAGCGACAACCCAAGAAGCCUAAGCAGCAACAGCAGCCGCAGGGGAAGAAGAAUCAGAAGAAGGAAAGCGAAGUGCCUGAUCGGUUCAAGGUUGUCAAGAAGGAGAAGUGGGAGGAGGGGGCGAUGGUCAAGGGGAGGAAUGAGCCGUGCACCAUUGAGCGGAUUGCGAGGAUUGUGGCUGGGAUCAAGGGGGUGGGUGUGGAGGAGGUGUGUGAAGCUGCAUGGGAGAACACUGCCAAGGUGUUUGGUCCUUUUUGA